AUGUGGUCAACAGAGGAUUUGAAUAGCAUGCAGUCUUUUGAAAUUGAAGAUGGUGGGUUUGGAUGUGGAAAAGUUGUUAUCACACAAAUGACGAGAGAUAGCGAGGGACCGUCCAAUGUGAAAGACGAUCUUUAUGACACUGUUGAGAGUUCUGAUUUAUUAGAUGAAACUAAAUCUUUUGACGAGCGUUUUUUAACUUUUGAGACUCGUGUUGAUAAGUUUCUAUCUAAUUUCAAGGCAAAUGUAGAUUUCAAUGAUCUUAAACUCGUGGUUUUCCCAAUACUUAAUGGUGAUCAGAUGUAUGCUCUUGUUUUCAACCUAACAUAUCCACAAAAAACUACAUUUAUCGUCAAUAAAAUCAAAGGUUUGCGAUCAACAACAGUGAAGAUGAUGAAAAUUGACUGGAACACAAAGAAGUUGACAACAGAGAAUGAAGCACUUUUAAUGAGACAUAUGAAAAAAUAUUGUGGAGAUAAGCAAGGAAAGUGGAAUGUAGAAAUGGAAAAAGGCAGUGAUGUGCAAGAUGUGCAAUUUGUAAAAUUACGUGCCUUAUAUUCUGUUAAGAUUGCUACACAUGAAAUCAACAACCACAAGGAGAGAGUUAUCAAAGAGGCAAUCGAAUUUGGAAAGUUUGAUCAUGCGACUAGAAAAAAGAUGUUAGAGGAAGGUAUCAAUAGAAUGGAUGAAUUGGAAAUGGGUAGUAAAUAG